GCCACCAUCAUCCCCUGGCUUCUCUGACAGGUGGAACCGAAUCAUUGUGAAUUGUGAUCCUCAUGGUCAGUGAGCGAAUGUAAAUGAUUUUAAAGAUGUGAAUGUCAAAGCACACAUAUGUUCUCAUUCUUGGAAAAGUGAAUGUUUCCACUGUGCCAAAGCCUUGGGUGGUUUAAAAUGAGAUGAUAUAUGACUGUGAAUUUGGUUGUGAAGUGUUUUCAAUAUUAUUGAACAUUGUGUAGAAAAAUAUAGCCUACUGUUUUUAAGUAUGUUAUUUUCUUCUCAGGGUUAAGUAGCCUAUUUUACAAAUAAACUGAAAAAUGAAAAAGCCAUUAGCACUCUCUAUUCCAAUUUGUUGACUAGAUGAUUACUGUGCGCACAAAUUAUAAAAUGAGUGGACCCCACCAGCUCAGUCCCAGCAAGAACAAUAACUCGCAGUCGCAAGGCUGUCUUUCGCCCUCAGGAAAGCACAGCGAGUUGGGUGGAAAGAAACCGCUAUCGUCUGCGUCUGGAGGCGGAGUCUUCUGUUUCGGAUGUGAUACGGGCUUCUGAAUCACAGCCUCUGGAAGCAUGCAUUGAAAUAAAUCCCGCUAUACCGCUAAAUGGCUCAUUGGGCUGUCCUAUGAGAUUUUUGCUAUCAGCAAUUGAUAGAGGACCCAGUUUCCGAUGGUGGACCUUGACACUUUGCCGCUCUACUUAUUAAGAGUUUGCCUUUCGCCGUCUCAUGGUCGUCGUUAUAAUGGAAACGUGUACUUUGAGACUCAUAGAUCACCUUGUACUUAUAGUUCUUUUCACUUUUGUGAAAUCCCUCGAUGGAACUUUCACUCCAAUAACAGCUACGGACUCCAGGGACGCGACAGAUGUGUCGCGAGGAUUUUCAGAUGUUGCUUUCACAGAAAUAUCUGCAACUGCCCUACAAGAGGAAUUGGCGACUUCCAGAACUGAGCACACCAACGCAGCCUCCACAAACUUUUGGGAUUCAUUGGUUGGGACCACAGAUACUCCUCGAGACUUUUCUGAGUCCCAUGCUGAAAUGAAAUCGGCCACAGAGCUGAAGUCACACAGCUCCACAGAGGGUUUUACUGCUGACCACACAAGCGCCACAUACCACAGCACAGACACCAUGAGCUCCAGCAGCAGCAGCAGCAGCAGCGAAUGGAUGGCGGACAGCAGCAGCAGCAGCAUCAGCAUCACGGAGAGAGAGCACAUGGACUUCACGCACCUGCUCCCGAGCCUCUCCCUCGACAGCCGGCUGUCCAUCGAGUCCCGGACCAUCCGGGAGUCGCCGCCGGAGGUCAGCCGGUUGUCGACCAGCAGCGACCCAGACCCAGACUCCCCGUCGCAGACCGACAGCAGCAGCAGCGCGUCGUACAUCUCCACGACGAUUAGUCGAGCGGGAGAGCGCACCCUGCUGUCCGUCACCUCAAACAGCACCUACCCUUACACCACCACCACGGAGGACUCGGUCUCGUCCGAGGCCACCAGUUCCAAAGCCUUCGUCUGGGAGGAGAGGACGAAGGGAGUCACCCACUCCUCCGGCAAGGGGGGCGAUGGAUCCACCUCCGCUGGGUUUGACCUCACCGUCACCUCCUUGGACUCCCAGCGCACCCCCAACAGCUCCGAGGGGAGGUUUACGGAGGGGCGCGACGGCCCGUCUGCUACGUGGACGCAGUCGCAGACAGGCCUGCCCAACGUCACGCAGCAGCAGGGCUUUGAGCAGACGUCAGAUACAGAGAUAAUCUUCAGCUCCACCCCUCCGCUCAUCGUGCUCAACAACGACAAUACCGACAGAGGCCGGGGAGCGGACGUGACAGACGUCGGCCAGACGCAGACGAGCGGCGGGACAUCUCACACCGAGUCACAGGGGGGAGUCAGAUUGUCCACGUCGCCCUCUUUGUCUUUGGACGAUGGCCGCCACAGCGUCACGUCCCAACAGGACGGCGGAGAGCGGACGGUCACGGGCGUAGUCGAAGGCGGGCUGUCCACCGAGCCCUCCACAGGGGCCAUGAGCACGGGCCGACAGGGGGAGACGGACGGGGUCCAGCCACUCACCGACGAGGGCACCACCGUCCUGGGUCUGACCACCGCAUCUCCCGCAGCCCACGGAGGAACCGUCACUCGAGACGCCUCCGUCUUCAAGUCAGGCCGUCAGCCCUACACGCCCGAGACCGAGGGCCCCACGGAGCUGGACGAGACCCUCCACCCUACAGCGCCUCCGGAGGCUGCCACACAGGGGCCCCAGCAGCACACCGAGAGGAGGGAGGAGGAGGAGGAGAGAGGCACCCCUACGGACACUCCCGCCUUCAGCACACCACUUCCCCCCACCACCACCGCCUCCCCCUCCUCCUCCUCCUCCUCCUCCUCCUCCACCACCCUCCCCACCACCAUCUCCACCCGCCUGCUGGUGCCCAGCACCUCGGUGGAGAGCCACACGCAGCCCACCACCAUCGUCACCACCGACACCACCCAGGGACCAGCUCCCAGCACCCCCUCCACGCCGGCCCGCCAGGAGCCCCCUCCGUCCAGAACAGGAGGCCCCCACACCCACACCCACACCCACACCUCCACCCUGCCCGAGGAGAAGACCCAGGAGGGUGGCCGAGGUGGUGGGGAGGAUGUGUCCACGGACGUCACCACGCUGCACCUGGAGACCAGCACAGCCACGCCCGGCAACACUACGGCCCAGCGCCGGCCCACCACCGCCUCCUACGCCAAGACCCCGGCUCCCCCGACCGCCGCCCCGCCGCCUCGCACCACCCAGAGCCGCGCCACCCCCACCGCCACCGCCACCACCCAGCCCCAAACCACCACCAGCGCCACCACGCACGCGGACCUCAAGCCAACUACGCCCCUUCCAGGGCCUCGUUGCGGCACACACUUCUGUGCCAAUGGGGGCACGUGUGUGAGGCGCGCUGGGAACACUCACAGCUGUGUGUGCCUGCCAGCGUGGACAGGACCCUCGUGCACUAAGGAUGUGAAUGAGUGUGAGGCUAGCCCCUGCCCUGCUGGCUCCACCUGUGUUAACACUAACGGCUCCUUCAGCUGCGAGUGUCCCCUCGGCUCCGACCUGGAGAACGGACGCGAGUGCUCUAAGGUGAAGACCUUCCUGGGAUCCUUCAGUGUCAACAGCAGCGGUGCGCAUUCCAGCUCUCUGCAUGAAGUUGAGGGAGAGAUUAAACAUCUGCUGAACGCGUCUCUCUCCAUUCUCCGAGGUUACAUACGCUCCUCGUGUCACUGGAACAGCAACAGCAGUAGUGAGUGGAGCCUGCAGGCGGUGAACAUGUUCUCCAUCUCGGCGGAGGUGAACGGCACCCUGGUCUUCAACAGCAUCCAGCUGGCCCUCCGGAACUGCAGCCAGCACCCCGCCCACUGCCGAAUGCACCAGUACAAGCUCACCUACCACGCGGAGAGCUUGUGCAGAAAGCAGAACCACCAGUGCGAUCCCACCCGUGCCGUCUGCAGAGAUGACAAUGGCGCCCCCCACUGCGAGUGCCGAGAAGGCUUCUACAAACACAGCGAGCAGGACAAGACGUGCCUUGCUUGUGGUGAUGGCUAUCAGCUGAAGAAUGGCGUUUGUGUGAAUUGUACAUUUGGAUUUGGAGGAUUCAACUGCACCAAUUUCUACAAGCUGAUUGCCAUUGUGGUGGCUCCCGCUGUUGGAGGUCUCCUCCUGAUUUUGACCAUCGCUCUCAUCGUCACAUGCUGCAAGAAGGACAAAAACGACAUCAACAAAAUCAUUUUCAAGAGUGGAGACAUGCAGAUGUCCCCGUACGCCGACUUCCCCAAGAGCAACCGUGUGUCCAUGGAGUGGGGCCGCGAGACCAUAGAGAUGCAGGAGAACGGCAGCACCAAGAACCUCCUGCAGAUGACCGACAUCUAUUACUCGCCGGCGUUGCGUAACUCGGACCUGGAGCGGAACGGCCUCUACCCCUUCUCCGGCCUGCCCGGCUCGCGCCACUCCUGCAUCUACCCGGCGCAGUGGAACCCCUCCUUCAUCUGCGACGACUCUCGCCGGCGGGACUACUUCUGAGCAGUCCUGGCUGCGCCAUCUCACGGAACCCGUUUCUCAAUAGCGUCGUUGCUAACCAGUUAGCAACUUGCGUCGGUAGCCAAUUGGGGAAUUGUAUUGAAACCGACUAAGUUGCUAAUAGUAGUUAGCUAGCAUUGGAACUGUCUGAGAAACGCACACCCAACCAACGUCGGGGUGUGUUGGCUGUUGAGACCCUAAGGGGUUACGUUAGCGGCAACAGAGUGCUUUGAGGUGCCAAGGUUUUUUUUAAAAAAGGACACAAGCAAGUCUUUCUGUCAAGGAUGACUUAUCAAAGUUGAUGCUGAUAUUUAAAAAAAAAAAAAAAAAAAAAAUUCUGACCACUGCACGUCAGGCAAUGUGAAACACAAAACUGGCUGGAAUUGUAUUAUUAUUAUUAUUAUUAUUAUUAUUAUUAUUAUUAUUUACCUGUGGAGAGGAUGUUGGACAUGAGGAGUGGUCGGCGCUUCCAUGUUUUGUUGGUGUCAAUCCGUAUGAACUGGUGCCUUGUUUUCUUCGACAAAAGACUGUGAAAAUAAUGUGGCAUGGACUGGCCACAGGAGUAUUGUGCAAACAGCUGUUCAGUAUUAGCAAACCCAGGUUUGCAUCAAGACCCCAGAAACUGUAGUAUAUUCCUGAAGCCAUAAAUCUAACUGGUAUUUAUAUUACUGUUGAGGGACACAAAUCAUUUAAUGUAGUGGUGUGUGUGUGUGUGUGUGUGUGUGUGUGUGUGU